AUGGAGACGCUAAUCCUUACGCGCGUGCUGAGAUUCGGUACAUCAUCACGGGCGAACAUACAGGCCAGCGGUCUUGCGCGAUGUAUCCGAGGCUACGUGUUGAUCGAGGAUGUGGAUCGCUUCGACCUGCCGGAUCCCUACACGGCCACCCUCUACCGCGAGAACGAAGGCCAUGGCUACAUAAUGUCGGCCAUCCAGCAGCUGCACUGA